UAGACUUUGGAAUUUCCGUCCCUUCGUCUCUGAUCUCCUUUCUUAUUGUACACUUUUCAUUCUGCGCUUCGGGGAGAACCUAAACACGGCAGGAAAAUGACCUGGCAGCUGAUGGACAUUGUUUCUCAUCCCUUAUGGAUGGUGAGUACGCUCGUGCUGGCUGCGGUGGCGCGAGCGCAGCGCAGAGGCUGGUGGGAUCUGCGCGCCUGUACGGUUCAGCUCGCGGGCAAAACUGCCAUCGUUACAGGAGCGAACACAGGCAUCGGAAAGUUCAUAGCCUUGGACUUUGCGCGUCGUGGGGCCCGGGUCAUCCUGGCAUGCAGGAGUGAGGCACGUGGGACAGCUGCAAUGAAGGAAAUACAGCAGCGCAGUGGCAACCAGAACGUGCACCUCCGGAUCGUCGACACCUCCUCUCUCGAAUCUGUCCGCAAUUUCGCCACUCAGAUUUUAAAAGAGGAGAAAGAGCUCCAUAUACUUGUUAAUAAUGCUGGGGCUUCAGGUUUGUCCAGAGCUAUCACAAAGGAUGGACUGGAAAUCUCCUUCGCAACCAACCACGUUGGACCCUUCCUCCUCACCAGUCUGCUUCUAGACUUGUUGAAGAAAUCAGCUCCAGCGCGCAUCGUCAAUGUCUCCUCAACCAACCACAGAAGGGGCAAGGUAGACUUCUCUCAUUUUAGAGGUGAGAACCUGACGUACACGAUGGACAGCGUGUACAACCACACCAAGCUACACAACAUCAUCUGGACCAAUGAGCUGGCACGCAGACUGCAGGGAACAGGUGUGACUGCAAAUUCUUUGCAUCCUGGUGUGGUUAUGACUGAAGUAAUGAGAAACUAUAACUGGCUGGUACGAUUCAUCUUUAACGUGGUGGGAAUAGUCUUCUUUAAGUCCUCUGAAGAAGGUGCAGUCAGUACAAUAUACUGUGCUGUUGCAGAGGAGACGAAAGGAAUCACUGGAAAAUAUUUUGACAGCGACUGUUCCCUUGUCCUUCCCGCUCUAGAGGCCUUAGAUCCAGCCAUAGGAGCCAAAGAAUUUGAGUACUGUGAGAGACUGACGGCCAAACUCUGACUCACUGGAACAUUACAGCCUGUUUUUUAUUAGUAUUACACAGGAAAGUUCUAACAACUGCCAGUAAACAUCAAAACAAUGACUGAAUAAAGUAUGACUUUGUAUA